GACCACCUCAAGGGACCCGUGGCUAACUCUAGUCACGCUACCACGGAUGAGAGGAGAAGGGGAGACUUUCUCACCGUCCGAACCUGUGCACCCAAAAAAAAUACUUUGAGUAUUUUCUCUCCUUCCAGCCGCCAUGCUUAAAGGUCGUGACACUGCGUCCUUGACAGAUGGACUGUGUCCUUGACACCUGGUUAGGGGCGAGCUCCCUAAUACAACUCAAUCGCCAGUUUCCGGUCUGAGAGAUCGGCUUUAACACUGGACGCGCCCCGCCCGGCAACAAUCACAGAGAAGGUGGGUAGCGAACCGCCUGCAGGUUGGACCCUCAGCUCCUGGAGUCUCUGGCCCCGUUACUUACUGGAUCUUCAGGUGCACUACUGGACACACAGCUACACCUGGUCAGCAGUCAGGUGGUGUUCUUCUUCCAUCAACUCCGACUUCUUCCAUCAACUCCGACACCAGCACGUGACACAAGAUGUCUCCAGUCUGUCUCCCGGGGCUGACCUCGGCACUGGUCUGUCUUCUGUUCGUCACAUCAGGUACUACAAGUGUCCCUUUCCUGGAAUCUGACCACGUGACACUAGUGACGUGCACGCACGAGAGGACCAACCUGGUGUUGCUGAAGGUGUUCGAGGCAGGUGAGGAAGGUAACAUCGCCGCAUUCAACGAGAUCGAAAAUAGUUGUUUGGGAAACUUCACUCUCUACGCAUGCUCCACUGACCGUGAAGUGAAGGUCAAGGCCGUGGUGGAUGAAGGUCGGAACCAAACUAUACGUUGUCAUGCCUACGUCAAACAGGGUAGAUAUGUUGUCCACAAGUAUAUAGGGGCUGUCAACAUUACCACACCUGACAGGACAUCAAGGACCGAGACUACACAGGGUCUACAGGUACAGGGGCUACACACACAAGGUCUACACACACAGGGGCUACACACACAGGGGCUACAGGUACAGGGCCUACACACACAGGGGCUACAGGGGCCACAGGCACAGGGGCUACAAGCACAGGGUAUCAGCAGCACCACUGUCCAGUCCCCCCUGCGUGACCAGCUACGUGAUACAUGCCCGCCAUCACACAUCUCCAUCUGAGGCGAGUGGUAAACAAGAGAACAUCGUCACAUCUGAUGCUCUAGGGGGUGUCUACAAAUAAGGUCAUGCAGGUCAACUUGAAACGAACUGAGACACGAGGUCCGUCUACUGGUGCGGAGCGCGACAGGACUCGCCGCACGUGCCUGUGACGUCACACUGACGGUGUGGAUGCUGGGUGCAGUGAGUGCGGGCUGGUGC